UCCUUUGAGUCGCUGGCACGAGCUGCUGUCUUCAGAAGGCUCAAGAGCUUGGCUCUCGUUAACUGCUGUGGGCUGGAGGAGGGGCAGCUGGUGGAGCUGCUGCGUGCAUGUGGCAUGCUGGAGGAUCUAAGGGUGGAAGGCUGUGAUGGCUUCUCAGACAGCGUGAUGGCAGCAAGUAAACUGGUGCUGUUGACUUGGUUGAGUGUGGUGGGGUGCAGUGGAAUCACUGCAGACGCUAUCGGUGGGUUGCUGGGGAACGUGCCAAGGCUGCGGUUUUUGAAGGUGGAAGUUAACAAGGUUUCUGAAAGGGCUCGGCGGGAGCUGCUUCGUGCUGGAGUGGUUGUUAGGGGAGUGUGA